AUGGACGCCAGCAAAAUCAUCUACGGCAGGCUUUCAGAGAUAGUCAUCCGGCCCGAACCCAAAACAGAAAGAUCGAGAAGAAACUGGAUCCUCUCAGAGGACCAGGUCCUCGAUUGGCCUGAAUUCAAAAGGGAGGUACGGGCCAUCACUACCAAGCACCUCGGAGAGCCCCAGCCGCAAGCAGCUCUGCCCCCUGCUCAAGGACACUAUGUCGUCGGGGCAGAACCUGGCAUCACAAGCUGCAUCAUCAGCGGAGCCCUGGAGCAGGUGGGCCAGGUGCUCGAGGCCCAGGGGGUAAGGGUGAGAUAUGGGGAUAGGGCAACGGGACCGCGUCUUAUUGGGACUUACUAUCCCGAUGUUAUCGGGCAGCGAUCGGUGGAAGUUGGGGAGACAAGAAUUGCGGGCGAAGUUAAGGUGCCCUGGAAUACCAGCCUCGAACCAGGAAGAGAUCUCCACAGGGUAUUGGGACAAGUCGCCAAGUACAUGGACACCUACGGGUGCAGUUACGGGUUCGCCUGCACCUACGAGAAGCUGGUUCUCGUUAAACGGUUUGACAUGUUCCGUUUCAAGGUCUCACCUGUGGUCAAAGGGGACCAGAACGCCGACCCAGAAACCCUCAGUGUGAGGGAGUGUUUCUACUUCCUCGCCAGAAUGGCAGCGGGCUCCGAGUGGAAGCACCAUGGAGACAAAGCAGGGGACGCGUUGACAAAUGGUCAAUUUCGAUCUCGCAAUUUGAGACGUUAG